AUGUACGGCAUAAGAGCAGAAGGCGGAGAGGCAAGCCUGUACCGAGGGGAAGGCAUUUCAAAGGAGUGCAUUACUGCAUCGAGUUUAUCAUCCGACCGGCGACCAUCACAGCUCGACCCGUACGGGACUCGCAGCGUGCUGUCCCGAGCGCUCGACGUCUGGGCCCAAGCAUCACGUCUCACCUUCCAAGAAGUCAAUUCGGACGAGGCUGACAUCGUGGUUUCCUUUGCCAGGCGUUACCAUGACGACCCGUAUCCAUUCGACGGCCGCGGCUCGAUUCUUGCGCACGCGUUCUUCCCGGGCAGUGGCCGAGGUGGAGACGCUCACUUCGACGAUGAUGAGCUGUGGCUACUAGAGCCAAACGAUGAGGAAGAAGAAGGUACUUCACUAUUUGCCGUGGCUGCUCAUGAGUUUGGGCAUUCACUAGGAUUACAGCACAGCUCGGUUAAAGGUGCUCUCAUGUUUCCGUGGUAUCAAGGCAUUCAACCAAAUUUCGUUCUACCCGAAGACGAUCGCAACGGCAUUCAACAAAUGUAUGGUCCUAAAACAAGUAACAAAUGGGCACGAAUACCACCAAAUUACCGACCGGUAGAACCACCACCAACAACUACCACAACAACGACCACGACAACAACUACCACAACCAGACGUCCGUAUAUCCAUCAUCAUCACAAUAGACACCCUGAAAGAUACCCUAAUCGAGGAUACACACCACAAUAUCCACGUAUUCCCACCAAAUAUCCUAUCUAUUACCCAGAAAGACCACACUAUCCGGACCGGUCUGACCCAAGAUACAACUACCCAGAUCGCCGUCUUCACAACUCAAGUGAUGAACAUCCUCGCCGCACCAAUCAUCAUUAUCCACGUCCAACAGAAACUACAACGCAUCCUACAUCCUAUCGCCCUCGAUACCCUCAUGUGAGACCCGAGUAUCCAAGUUAUCCACGACCUAGUUAUCCAAAUCCUAACAAUCCCACGCAAGAUAACCCAAGAAAACCCUAUUACCCUGAAAGGACUACUCAAAGACCUACAACGACGACACCUGCUGACAAACCUGAUACGUGCGAUACUAGUUAUGACGCAGUUGCGCUUAUACGUAACGAGCUGUUUAUCUUUAAGAACAGAUAUCAUUGGAGGAUAGGAGCUAGUGGACGCUACACCGGUUAUCCGAUGGAGAUAACCAGAAUGUGGUCUAGUUUACCAAGAGAUCUUACUCAUGUUGAUGCUGUUUAUGAAAGACCAGAUCGGAAAAUAGCAAUUUUCGUAGGUAAAGAAUUGUACUUGUUUGAUUCACAAUACCUAGUGCCAGGUUACCCGAAGCCAUUAACCAAACUUGGUCUUCCUGAAAAUUUAGAGAAACUAGAUGCUGCUAUGGUUUGGGGACACAACGGCAAAACUUACUUUUAUAGUGGUUCUCAAUAUUGGAAAUAUGACGAAGACGAUGGUCGCGUAGAACCUGAUUAUCCUCGCAAUAUGGGUAUGUGGAAAGGCGUCGGCUACAACAUCGAUAGUGUAUUCCAAUGGAAAGACGGCAAAACAUACUUCUUCAAAGGAAAAGGUUUUUGGAAGUUCAACGAUCUUCAAAUGCGUGUGGAACGCGAGAAACAAUAUCCUUCAGCUCCAUUCUGGAUGGGCUGCCCCACGGAGCGCGCGGGCCGGCGCGCCGGCUACCACGCGCCUCCAGCUCCAGGCUCAACUCUUCGCUCACCUAGUUCUGCGUCUACUCUACGUGUUAACUUUUUACCUUUCUUAUACUCUACACUAUUGAUAUUGGGAACUUAUAUUAAACACUGUUAG